GCGGGUCGAGCGCGCGGUAGGGGAGAAGGGAACCCCCAACGUCAUCGCUGUGCGUCAUCGCGGCCGGCUAGAGGGGCCGCCAUCUUCGUUGAGGGCGGUGUUGCCUCCUCCGCUUGACGUCAUUGCCCCGCGCCAGCCCUACCGUCGGGGGCAAGUUGGGGCGGCUGGGCUGCUCCGGGGACCCCGAGGAGGCGAUGCUGGCGGCCGCGGCGGGCGGCCCGGGGCUUUGUCCCCUGGGCGAAGACAGUUUCACGCGCUUCUCGUCGCAGAGUAACGUGUACGGACUGGCGCGCGGCGCCCAAGGCCGCGGGGAACUGCUGGCUGCCACUCUUAAAGGGAAGGUGCUGGGCUUCCGCUACCAGGACCUCCGACAGAAAAUUCGCCCCGUGGCCAAGGAGCUGCAGUUCAACUAUAUUCCGGUGGAUGCUGAGAUCGUGUCCAUCGACACCUUCAACAAGUCGCCCCCCAAGCAGGGCUUGGUGGUGGGGAUCACGUUCAUUAAGGACUCCGGGGACAAAGCCAGCCCCUUCCUCAACAUUUACUGCGACUAUGAGCCCGGCUCAGAAUAUAACCUGGAUUCCAUUGCACAGAGCUGCCUGAACCUGGAGCUGCAGUUCACCCCCUUCCAGCUGGGCCACGCCGAGGUCCAGGUUGGGGAUCAGCUGGAGACAGUGUUUCUGCUCAGUGGGAACAACCCUGCCAUUCAUCUGUAUAAGGAGAAUGAGGGUCUGCAUCAAUUUGAGGAGCAGCCGGUAGAGAAUCUCUUUCCUGAGCUCACAGACCUGAGCAGCAGUGUUCUGUGGCUCCACGUGUCCAACAUCCCCGGCUCGGGCCGGCGGCUCACGGCCUUUGGCUGCCAGAGUGGAUACGUGCGGGUUGCCCACGUUGACCAGACCAGCAGAACUGUGCUGCAGACCUGGCCCAUUCAACAGGAUGGCCCCAUCUCCCGAGUUGUUGUGUUCAGCCUCUGGCCCCCCACCGGAGCCGCCCAGCACACGGGGGAAGAGGCCCAGGGGUUGCCAGCCCGCCCAGAGGAGUACGGUGUCCUGGUGACUAGUAUGAUGGAGCCGGCUGUGGUGUAUCGGAACGUCCUGGCCCAUGGACUUCAGGAUCAGCUGCUGCUGCCAGGGAGUGACCAGUUUGACAGUGUCCUGUGUGGGCUUGUCACUGACGUGGACCUGGAUGGGAAGCCCGAGAUUCUGCUGGGUACCUAUGGCCAGGAGCUGCUGUGUUACAAGUUCUGUGAGGCCGAUGGCCGCUUCCGCCUGCUGUGGCACCGAAGCUUUGCCAGCCCUCUGCUGGCCAUGGAGCAUGUGGAUCUGACCGGGGAUGGCCUUCGGGAGCUGGCCGUGGUCUCCCUGAAGGGCCUGCACAUCCUCCAGCACAGCCUGACCCAGGCGUCCCGGCUGGUCCUGACCCGGCUUCGACAGCGGGCCCAGAAGCAGAGACGACAGCCCCAGGGAGAGGGGGAUGGGCCCAGGACGGUGGAGCUCCCGACCCUUUGAGGACCCUUAGCUAUUCCCCUUUGACCCGGUCGUCCUCCACAGGGGGAGUUAGGACAGGUGGCGGGGAGGGGUGCUGGUUCUUUCUGACAUGCCUGGGUCCUGGUGCUAGUGGGAGGGAGGGAUCUUGGGGGAGGUCAGAUGAAUCUGGGAACAAACCUGACAAGACGGGGGCUGGCCCUCCCAUCUCCAGGCUGUCAUUCCCUUUCAGAGGGAGUUAGACAGCUUAGGUGUGAGUUCAGUGCACGGGCCUCAUGUGAUCAGGGACCUAGGACAAUCUGUAAAGUGGGCGUGAUCUCCACCCCCCCCACACACACACACAGAUUAUGAGGAGCCACUAGGGGCCAGACUUGAGUAGAUUCAAAUGAGGUCUCUGCAGUGGCUACCCUUGGUCUGGGCCUGCUCUCCAGAGUGGGGGUAGGGGUAGUGGGGAAGUAACGCCCCAGGGGACCUGAGGGAAUGGAUCCAGACUCUUCAGCCUGGGGAGGACACUAGCUCCGAUGGGCCCCAGAAGUGACCCUGAAGGGAACAAGAACCCACCUUCUAAGCCCGGGUCAGGGGUUCACUCCCCUCAUCUGGACAUCGGCACUAUCCUUGCUCCCCUGACUGGCUCUGCAUACCAGAGGGCCAGGAUUUGACACCUUGCUCUGCCACUUACACUUUCUGGUCCUCAGUUUCCUAGCUCUGCAAAAUAAAGGGGUUAGUUUGGACUAUC